AUGCAGCAACACGACGGCACACAGACGGCUCCAAGCGGACCCCGUCUGCAGUCGAGCUUCCACAGGCAAAUGAACGGUGGCCACCACGGCUUCUCCCACGGUGCCUUUGCUACCAACCAACCCGGCUAUGCUGACAGGCAUCCCGAGAGGUCUAGCAACAUGUCCAUCAACACGGGUCGUAUGAACCCAGGCAACCAAAAUGGCAACGACUUGCAGACACCGGGAACUGGAUACGACAUGAAUUUCACGCCCCUCUUGCCUUCACAACUGUUGCUGGGCAGUCCCUUUCAGCCGGGCUCGCCUUCGGCCUUUGCUUCUCCACAAUUUCAGCAAUACGCCAACUUUGCUAGUCAGAACCAAAGUCAACAAAAUCACCAGGGCAACCACGUGGGAUCUCCGCUGCAGCAACCACUGUCUCCACAAUUGUACCAGAGCCUUGUCUCGCCCACGAGCAUGAAUGGUCAGGGUUUCUUCGCUGGGCCCCAAUCACCAACCAGUGGUUUCAUGGGCCAUGGUGGUCAGGGUCUAGGCGGUCUUGGUUCCUCGAUGCCUAUUGCGCCCGGUCUGGUCUCUGGAACGAGCAGGACCGUGUACUUGGGCAACAUCCCCCCGGAGACGUCGGCAGAAGAAAUUCUGGGCCACGUUAGGAGUGGGCAAAUCGAGUCUGUCCGUCUUUUGCCCGAUAAGAAUUGCGCCUUUAUUUCCUUCUUGGACAGCAGCUCCGCUACGCAUUUUCAUUCGGAUGCCAUUUUGAAAAAGUUGUCGAUUCGAGGCCAAGACAUCAAGAUUGGUUGGGGAAAGCCGUCGCAGGUGCCGACGUCUGUCGCCCUGGCUGUGCAGCAGUCGGGUGCUUCGCGCAACGUAUACCUUGGCAACCUGUCGGAAGACGUUACCGAGGAUGAGCUCCGCGAAGAUUUAAGCAAGUUUGGCCCCAUUGACACGGUCAAAAUUGUCCGUGAAAAGGCGAUUGGCUUUGUUCACUUUUUAUCCAUUGGCAACGCCAUCAAGGCCGUCGCCCAGCUUCCGCAAGAGCCCAAGUGGCAAGCUCCUAGGCGUGUAUACUAUGGCAAGGACCGUUGUGCCUAUGUUUCCAAGACGCAACAGCAAAAUGCUGCACAGUACUUGGGCAUCGCUCCCGGCUACGCGCACGUGCUUAACGGUGCCGACCGUGACAUGAUUUCCAAUGCGCUCGCACAACAGUCUGUGGCUGCUGCUGCCGUUGCAACGUCAGCUGGCGGUGUAAACAACCUAGGCAACCGAACAGUAUAUCUCGGAAACAUUCACCCCGAAACCACGAUUGAAGAGAUCUGCAAUGUUGUGCGUGGUGGGCUUUUGCAUCACAUUCGAUACAUUCCAGACAAGCACAUUUGCUUUGUCACCUUUAUUGACCCCACGUCGGCCGCCUCAUUUUAUGCGCUUAGCAACCUCCAGGGCCUCAUGAUUCACAACCGCCGUCUAAAGAUAGGCUGGGGCAAGCACUCAGGAGCUCUACCUCCAGCCAUUGCUCUGGCCGUCAGCGGCGGGGCCUCUCGCAACGUCUACGUUGGUAACCUGGAUGAGUCGUGGACCGAGGAUCGCCUGAGGCAAGACUUUUCAGAAUACGGCGAGAUUGAGUUGGUUAAUACCCUACGCGAAAAGAGCUGCGCCUUUGUCAAUUUUACCAACAUUGCCAAUGCCAUCAAGGCUAUUGAAGCUAUUCGCGGGCGGGAAGAGUACAAGCGGUUCAAGGUCAACUUUGGCAAGGAUCGCUGCGGAAACCCCCCUCGCCAAAUGAACAAUCAGCAAGCUCAGGCUCAACAGACUGGCAGUGACGGUGUCCAAUCCCCAUCUCCCAUCAAUGGUCUGCACCCCAAUCGUGCUGGUGCAUCUGUAUCACCUACAGGAUCUGGUGCCCCGGGCUCUGGCAACAGCAACAAUGGCCAAUUUCCAUCCGUACAGGCUCCCGCGCCUACCAAUAUCCUCAACACGGGCAACAACAAUCCUUUGAUGAUGUACCUGCAGGCUCAACAGCAGCAACAGCAACAGGCCGAGGCCAAUAUGCAGCAACAGCAGCAACAGCAACAGCAACAGCAACAGCAACAGCAACAGAACCAGCAACAGUCGUUCCAGUCGCCCCAAGCUGCGUUCUACGGUGCCGACCUCAACCCCAGCCCCCAGCCACACCACUCGCAUACGUCACACAAUAGCACAUCGAGCUUCAGUCUCAUCAAUGGCAACUCGAGCGGGAGCAUGUCAGGAACGACUACUGUCGGAGGUCUCUUGGCUCCAUCAAACCUCAACGCUCGUGCCCAGCACUCUCGCGCAGUCAGUCUGCCCGCCUUUACACAAGGUCCCUUCAGCUCUGUCCAACAGACACAGGCACCACAACAAAAUUCCUUUGGCAGCUUGAGCUCAGGCAUCGGUGGUUUCGGAUCUGGCAAUGGCGGUUACGGCCUCGCCAUUCAGGGUGACGGUGGUCUGCCUGGGUGGGCCGAGGAAGAAGUCGGUGCCCAGUAA